AUGCGAAUUGCCUGUUCCUCCAUGAGCAAGGAAGUUCAUGUUGGCAGAAGCUUCACCUGGCCCAACAUCCGUGAAGCAAAACCUCUCAUAUACAUAAGACAGGAGAUUCAGUCAUUGUUAGACACAAAUUCGUUUUAUGGCGAGUACUUCAAAAUUAAGGAAGAUAGUUCCGAAGAAGAAAUUAAAGAGAUAGUUCCAAAAAAGAAAUUAAAGAAGAUAGCUCCGAAGAAGAAAUUAAAGGAGAUAGUUCCGAAAAAGAAAUUAAAGAAGACAGUUCCGAUUCUCCCUGAUGAUGUCAUCAUUCUUAUACUCUCCAAGCUUCCGGUAAAGUCGCUCUUACGAUUUAGGUGUGUCUCCAGACUUUGGAGCUCAUUGAUCUUUGAUCCAUAUUUCAUUGAACAACACCGUUUUGAACAUGCAAAUCAAGAUCCUAAUCUUUUACUUCUGGACCGAGAUCGUCGCAUCUUCUCUAAUUUUUCCUUGGACAUAGGAACAGGAACACAGGAAAUCUAUGUGUUACCAAAGGCCGUUCCUAAAAAUUGGUUUUCUUUAUCAUAUUGUUGUCAUGGCUUGUUCCUUCUCUCCGAGUACUACAAAAUUCAUGUAUGUAAUCCCGCUACUCGAGAAUUGAUAACAUUGCCACAAGCCAGUCAACACAUCUCUUUUUAUGUAAAUCCAAUUCAGCAUGCUGGUUUAGGAUAUGAUGAUGUCGCCAAACAAUAUAAGAUUGUCCGGUUCUUUAAUCCUAGCUCCGACACAUCUCUAUACCAUAUGGAAUGUGAAAUCUUUACACUGGGUCGCUCGGAUUCAUGGCGAAGAGUUUGUAGCAUCCCUUAUUCACUUGCCGCUUACCCACCCGCUUUCGUAAAUGGCGCCUUGUAUUGGAAGAUUGAAACCUACUCUCUCAUGGAUAUAUACACAUUAAUCAUUUCAUUCAAUCUCAGAGAUGAGAAGAUUAGUGUAAUCCCUCAUCCUACGUCUUGUUCGGAUCCCAACAAGAAUCAAUGUUGUAUGCGGGUGGUGCAACUAGGAGGGUGCCUGGGUCUAACAGAUAGUUCGAUAAAGCCGUUGAUGGAUAUAUGGAUGUUACAAGACUACACCAAACACAUUUGGAUUAAAACAUAUAGCAUCAAUCUGGAAACCAUGUAUGGAUAUGUCAAUGAAGUCUGUAUUGUUUAUGCUUUAGCCAUCCACAGCAAUGGAUAUGUUUCUAUAUAUAUGAAUGAAGAAAGUGCGGGUAUAUCACAAUUUUCCUUCUACGAUCCCCGGACCAACACCAUCAUCAAUGUUGAAGGCUGCCAAUCGUUAUUUUUCUUGUCUGCUGCCUACGCUGAAAGCCUGAUCCAACUGAGGAGAAGAUAA